CUCUUCUGCGUGGUGGUCAACCCGUACAAGAUGUUGCCCAUCUACUCGGAGAAGAUCAUCGACAUGUACAAGGGUAAAAAGCGCCACGAAGUCCCGCCGCACAUCUACUCCAUCACCGACAAUGCCUACAGGAACAUGAUGCAAGACCGCGAGGAUCAGUCCAUCCUCUGCACUGGAGAGUCAGGAGCGGGCAAGACGGAAAACACCAAGAAGGUGAUCCAGUACCUGGCUGUCGUGGCCUCGUCACACAAAGGCAAAAAGGAAGCAAAUCCUGUGAGUUUCGUGAAUAACACGGGUUCAAGAAGAGAGCCCUGGGGUGCUCCAUCUUCAUUUGUAACAAGAAAUGUGAUUUUGUUAUUUUCCACAGCCAGCACAACAGCAAACACAACCAGCCGCGGGAUCACUGGCUUAC